GGCGGGUCGGUGUGGACUUGUUGGGCCGAAGGGCCUGUUUCCAUACUGUAAUGUAAUCUAAUCUAAUCCUUACACUUUAUCCUAACAUGGAGAUUUUAUACCUGACUGAGUUCCUGAGACAAGACGUGUAAGGGAAACUGAGUGAAUGUUAGUGUCGCUAUUCAUUAAUUCAAAGAUGUUUCCUUUUACUGCCAGCUCAGUAAAAUGUACAAGCCUCUAAUUGUGUAUUUAUCACCUAUUACAAAAUAAAUAUUAACCUGCCUAAAAGCAUACUAUAAAAAACAAGAUAUUUAAUGCUGAUUGCUGUUUGAAUUAGUAAAUGUCCAUUCACAAAUAUUUGGGUCAGCCUUAGGCAAAUAUGUUAUUACAGGGUAGCAGAAAUAAUCUUCCCAUAUAUUUUCACCAUGUCCAAUGCCACAACAUUUGAAACAGGCAAUAGUUUGCCUAGUUCUUGUCUAAUUUGAAAUUGGAAUAAACUGUUGAGCAAUGAACUUGGGGCAUCUUCUGGCAAAAGUUGAAAUCCGUAUAAAUCUGGUACUCUCCUCCCCAGAAGGGGUGUGAAGACUGGGUAUUGACUGAGAUUGACAGGGUAGGUGAGAUUAUUGCGAGGUGUGGCUAAGAGUAAAUAAAGUUGAGGUACCCAACAGCCGUGAGUUGAAAGACAGAAAGAGUUCACGACUCUGAAUGGCCUGCUCUUGUUCUGAAGAUCUAUGGCCUGAAAUUCAGCCUUACAACUCCUUGUAUGGGUGGGAGAACUACACAUGAAUUAAGAUACUUUAUUUGAGAUUUAUUCAUGGCAUGUGGGGGUCUUUGGUUGGGCUAGCAGUCAUUAUCUAGUCCUUACGAUUAAACCACGUUGUUGUGGGUCUGGAGUCACAUAUAGACUAGACCAGGUAAGGAUAGCCGGUUUCCUUCACUAAAGGACUUGAAUGAUUGCAGUGUUAUCAUUGUGAGUGGAGAAUGGAUUCCGUUUUAUGUAGAGAGCUUUCUGAUUUUGUGUGGCUGGUUCAUGGAAAUGGGUUACUGACUGGCACAUUUUUAAUAAAUGCCCUGGCCAAGUGCGAUGUUUGUGAAAAAUUCCAUUGUUUCAAGAUUUUCUCUCAAUUUGUCAUAAAUUGCAUUCCAAUUUCCACCAUCUGCAAGUUUUCCUAUUUUGCUGUGCGCAGAAAUAGCAGUUAGUUUUACAGCUAUUCCUGAGUUUGGGAAACCCACUAAUUCCGAUUCGCGUUAUUUGUAAGAUCAGUGUUAUGCGGAAAUUUUGAAACCAUUUCUGAUAAGCAUGUAAUUGAAUAUUAUGUUAUGAUCUCUUGUUGAUCAUAAACCACUUCCUCUAUGAGUCUGAUUGGUGAGUAGUUUCUCGCAUUUUGUUUGCAGAGUUGGGAUUGGAUCAGUGACACGGUUCCGUCAUAUCCCGGAACGUUUCCAAUUUUCCGAAACUAUUUGUUUCAAUUCUUUUUGACUAGAAAUUGAAACUGGUCGUUUCUGUCUCUACCGAUUGUUAUUUGAGCUUUCUGUAUAAUGGUAUUAACAAAUCGCUGAUAAAGCAACAUUUUUGGGUUAAUCAUGAGAUGAGAUUGCGAGAGAGAAAGGGGACUGGCAAGAGAAGACAUGGGAAGAGAUGAUGAGAAACUGAACUGAGGUAUGUGAUUGCCCACUGGCUCAGAUUAAAAUCUCAAGAGCCAUAAAAUGGAAGAUAUAAAGCAGUUGCAAAUGGAAGACUGGGAUGAAGGCCAGGUACGGACUUGGUUACGCCAUAUUCGUGUCAAAGUUGAACACAUACAGACAUUGUAUGAGGAACAGGUCACUGGUGCUGUACUGCAAGUGAUGAGCAAGGAGGACCUCAAAGAUUUUCAUAUAAAACAAGGUCAGGCAAAACUCAUUCUGAAUAAAAGGGAUGAACUAUUGAAUAGUCAGAAUUUACAAUUGGCCCAGUUCAGCACAAGUGAAGAGAGAGAUUGCAAAGAAACUUCUCCAACACAAGGUAGUUUGGACGGCACUGCCAGUCAGACAGCACAGAGAAAAUCUCUGCCAAGUAAAGGGAAAUUGAAAAGCCAGAGCAAUGCUACUGCUUUGACAUCAGACCACCCGAGCACUUCCGCUGACUCGCAUCUUGACAGCACACUCGAGAGGGUGAAUGAAAAUAAUCUUCAGAACCGAUGCAAGCCUCGUCCAUUUGACAAGGAAGAUAUCGACUUUAAAUACGUAAGAAACGGUGUCCUUCCACCAGAAACUGGAGUUAUAAAUUUAAUUUGUCCCUGCCAUGAAUAUAAAUCUCUUGCUACAGCUGUUAAACUAAAUAGACAACGGCUGCAAGCCAAAUUUGCUCAUGAAUUUAUCAGAUUUGCUUCUGGGUGCAUGAAUGUUCGAACUAAUGGUACCAUUCAUUUUGGUGUUGAGGAUGGCAAUGGGAGUUCUGGGUAUACACAUGGGGAAAUAAUUGGUGUCCCUGUCAAGGACCCUAGCAUCUAUGUCGAUGCUUUGGAUUAUAUCGAGAAAUGCUUCACACGUUAUGCUGAGGAUGCAAGAAAUUGCAUUCGCCCUCCUAAAUUAGUGGAAGUGAUCAGCAAAAAUGGAAGUGAAGGGAAGUUUGUUAUUGAGAUUGAUGUAAACCCAUCAAUAAAGAUUGUGAGAAACAAAAUUUAUAGAGUUCGUCUUCCAAAUUUUAAUGAAAGCAAAAAUAAGGUUGAAUAUGAGAAAAAGGCCAUCUACAGAAGAAAGGGAGCAAACACUGAAACUGUUUGUGAGGAGAGUCAGGAUGACUUUAUCUCCGGGAUGCAAGAAAGGGACAAACAAAGAGAAGUAGCAGAAACAACAGAGGAGCCAAGCAAAAUCCAUGAGGAUUUAGGAAGGAAACUAUCAUUUCUUAUAAAUGGUGGCAAGAAAUACAUGGAUAACAGCCAGCGGUAUGUGCUUGUAAUCAACAAAUGUAAACCAGAAGAUUUACAGAAUUUAAAUUUCUUAUUGCACAUAAAUGUCUUUUGUGUGUUUGACUAUGAUCCUAAUUCAAAGAUCAAUGGCUUCUUUGAGUACUACUUAAAACACCACACAGCCAACGUUCACUUCUUACAAGAUUACAGAUGUGUGGACCGAGAGAGUGUGAGCGACUUGAGGAAACGGUUAUGUCUAUUUGAUCAAACGAGUUGGAUAUUCUGCAAUGGGUGCAACCAUUAUGAUGGUGAUGAGAAGCAGUGUGACCUGAGGACAUGGGUGACCAACAAGAAAAAGCACCUGAAGAGGACCGUCUCUCUGAUCUGCAAUGAAAUUCUACCAAAUGGCUCCUUUAUUGUACUUUUUCUCCUCUUGUCACCAGUGGAACAGCCUUUGGUGGACACUUUCCAUGAAUUUUAUGCAGAAAUGAACGGCAGAAAUGAUAUCAUUUGUAUUUCGGAGAGUGAUGCCAACUAUCAGAAAUGGGCACAGCUUGCGCAGCCUUCGUGCAACAUUGAAACUAUUGACAAGAUGAGCAUUGUCGGGAUGAAACUUAACCACGUAAAUGACACGAUCCACACCAUGUUGCCAACAUUAAUCGACAGUCACAGAUACCUACCCGUAUCAACAAGGGGUCUGUGUUUACUCAAAACUGCAGAUGAAGAAAGAAUGUUCACGCUGGAAAUACUGAGUGUCAAUCAGUGUGAAGAUUACAAAAUGGAUGGUCAGGAUCCCACAGAAAUUGCCAAAAUUGAGAGAGAUUUUUAUCGUGGUGGUAAAGUCAGCUGGUUGAAUUUUAUACUGGCAGAGCAAGGAUUCUGUGAAGCAGUGAUACAGCGGAAUGCCUACAAGGAAGUCAUUAAAAUUAUAGAUGGAAUGCUGAAGGGUUCAUCAGGGAAGCAGUUAGUAACCACAGUCCAUGUAUUUCACCAUCCAGGCAGCGGUGGGAGCACUGUGGCACGGCAGGUCUUGUGGAAUUUCCGAAAGGAGCUGCGAUGUGCGACUGUUAAACCAUCAUGUGCUGUCGGGAAAGUCUGUGAACAUGCAAUCCAGUUACUUGAGUAUGAAGAAAAUGAUCUGAAUCAGUGCUUGCCAGUACUGCUGCUCCUUGAGGAUGCUGAUGAAGAUUACUUUGAUGAAAUUAAGCAUGAAUUAAUACCUGCAAUUGGCAGCAAGACCGUGAAUGUUAUGAGACCUCUCUUCAUACUUGUGAACUGUCGGAGAUCCAAUAAUGCUGAAAAACUCUGCAAAACCAUCCCACUGGAAGCAGUAGCUGUUACUCACAAAUUAACUGAGGAAGAAAAAAGGUUGUUUUCUAACAGGCGUAAGAAACUUGAGGAACAUUUUGAACCAGAGUUUAUAAUAACAUUUGUUCUAAUGAGUGAGGGGUUUUCAGAAGAAUAUAUUCAGAAUUUUGUGAAACAUUUAUUGGAAGGUAUUGAUCAGUGUUCUCCUGUCACUCGCUUGAUAAAGUAUGUCGCUUUACUGAACCAUUAUGUGGAGAAUUCAAACAUUUCACUGUCUCAUUGUGAGGCAUUUUUGAGUCUCGGCAUUCAAAUAGAUCACUUGCGCGUGCACAGCUUUGAAACCUCCUUGAAUGAUCAGGCACGGUUUUUGUUCAUACAUUUCAGAGACUGCACCAGUGAGAUUAAGUCGAUCCGAAUUGUUCACCCACUUGUUGCCAAGGAGAUACUGAAUCAAAUCUCGGAUCAGCCUCGGAGUCAAAUUGCGAUGGACCUUCUUGGGGAAAAGGCAUUUUUUGAGAACCGAUUUGCUCGUGAUGAAUUCAUUAAAUUUGUUCGAGACUUGUUCAUACGACGUCACAAAAGAAGUAAAGGUGACAGCGUGGAUACUGUUUUUUCUCCUCUGAUUGAAGAUAUUUGCAAUGAGCAGAAAGCUCCAGAAAAGGCUGUGGAAGUUCUGACAGCAGCUUAUGAAUGCUUCGGUAAAGAUCCAUUUUUUGCACAGCAGUUAGCUCGACUGCAUUAUAAGGACCAAAAUUUUACUGAUGCUAUAAAGUGGGCAGAAAAUGCAAAAUCUCAGUUGCCAACUAAUUCUUAUAUUUUAGACACCGAAGGACAAGUUUACAGAAAAAAGCUGAAUGUUCUGUUUGAUCUAACACAUUUGCGAACAGAGGAAGUUACUCCAGACAAACUUUCAGAAGCAGUAAGUAUCGCUCUGAAGGCGAUUGAGUGUUUCAGGGCUGCCCAGAAAGCAGCGCAAUCUGAACCUGAUUCAAUGAAUAAUUCUGGUUUCUUUGGUGAAGUGGAGGUUGGAUGUCAUUUAUUGCAACUCCUUUCACUGCUGGAUAUUUUUGAGAAGGAUAAAAGUGGCAGUUACACAAAACUGACAGAGUAUCUUCUGGGCAAAGACAUUCCUGAAGAAAUUAAAGAACCUUGGAAAAACUUCCAUGGGAAAUUGAAAGGCCUGCAGAAAGGGAUAAAUGAUGCACUUGAAUGGAUAUCUGAAGAUUCAAGUUAUUUUCAAACCAACAAAUGUGAAGAUGAUGAAGGUGGAACCAGUGAUACAGAGGAUCAUGCACACAAUCCUAGGAAAUGGCUCAUAAGAAAAACAAAAAUUUAUGCACGCUAUUUCACUCUUUCAGAACAGGAGGAGCAAAACUUAAAACAGAGUACAAAUUCUUAUUUAUUUACACUGGUAAGGCGUCUGCACAUUUCCAGGAAUGGUGGUGGAAGCAUAACAUCAAUUUUUUCAUUUUUGUCUGACCAAAAGGAUGUUCGAGCUGUGGAAAACCUAGAGAAAAUAAUCUCCAUGUAUCCGGAAGAUCAUCAGAAAGAGAAACUAGAUCUGGUUGAUCUUGUCAACUUCACACUAAGUCACAUUGCACUUGCCUGUGUGGCACCAAGGUCCUCAAAGCUGCUAACAUUCAGCCAGCUGAGGGAACUUAGUUGGCAAUUUUCAAAAAAUAAAUAUAACAAUUCAAGUGCCUGUUUCUUACUUACUUUAUUGUAUUGGCCAGACGAAGCUUACGACAAGGAACCUGAUGAAGCUAAAGGUAGAAUCUUAAAUACAGCUCUUGAAACACUGAAGAAACUCUACGACAUCAAAAUGAAGAAUUUGCCUUCCAGAAAAAAACAGAUUUAUACACAUUCCUUCUUGGGUAAAGGACAUGGGUUUGACAAAAUUGUUCAUAAGAGUUUGCUUGAGAAGCUAAUUCCGAGCCGCCUAAGUGAACGAAGGUGGAAGUGGCUCACUGGAGAUGUGUGGAAGAACCCCAGGGUCACCCAAAAGCUGAAGCGGGUUAAAGGCUGGACGGAAAAUGGAAUGAUAUUUGUACGGGGUCACUACAAGCAGAACAAGAUCCGAAUUUUACCAUUGCAUUUCCCAUCAAUGCCUCAAGGCAAUGAGAACAUAACCUUUUAUCUUGGCUUUACAUACGGGGGUCUUUUUGCUUACGACAUCCAAAGGGAGCAUUAAACUUAACAGCAAUGUACUGCUUUCUUGACAAUCUGUUGUUUCACUUGGUUCUUUUGGGUCAGCACUGUCAUUUUUAGCCACUUACAGUGUUAUUUUGGAUUCUGACUGUCGCCUGCUAAAGAUGUCCUCGCAGAAACAACAGUUGAUCCUGUAGCUGCCUCCCAUUCCCAUCAACAGGGUUAACUAAAUCAUGUUUGUUAUUGUCCCAUAUAUGCCCCACUCUCUGAAAAUGGUGAUGCUUGAUUAAUGGGUGGGAUUUAAAUACCAAUACCAUUCAAAUGCCAAAUGUCACACAUCUAUUUCUCUGUAUGAGACAUGGGCCUCGCUGGCUAUGCCAGCAAUUACUGCUUGUUCCUUAAUUGUCCAGGGCACUGUUAAAAGUCAGCCACAUUGCUGUGGGUCUGGAGUCACACAUAAACCUGACAAGAUAAGGAUGACUGAUUUCUUUCCCUAAAGAGCAUUGGUGAAUCAGAAUGGCUUUUAUGAUAAUUAACAGUGGUUACAUGGUCACCAUCAGGCUAAAUCCUCAUUCCAGAUUUUUAUUGAAUUCAAACUUCACAAUCUGCCAUGAUGGGAUUCGAAUCCAUUUCCCCAGAACAUUAAUCUGAGAUUCUAAUGAGGCUACCAUUGUGCCAUGCCCUCCCUUAUCACAUGUAAAAUUAAGGAGUAACGCACUGGCAGUGAUGACAUUGUUGGGGCUGGGGGAGGGGAGGGGGUCACAGUAUUAAACCUUACGGAUCCUUCAUCCCAACGUUCCUGUGGAGGGAGGGGCCGCCCGGAAAGAUGUAUUUAAUCUCUACUCGCCUGUUGAGUCCAGUGAUUUGGGCAUCUGCUGAAGCUGGCUGUGAUGUGAUAGUCCAUGCAAUAGAUUGAAGGGGUUGGCAUUUAAUCGAAGGUUUUGGGAAGGGCAUCAUGUGAGAUGGAACAGGGGGAUCUGAUAAACCGAUGAGAAGAUGAGAUUGAUGGGAUGAUUUCUGUACUAAAUCAAUCAAAGUGCACUUAUCGAAAGAAACAAAAAUGUCAAGAAUUCUGAAUAUAUUGCUGUAUCUUUUUGUCAUGAGAUUUUGACAAUUAAGCGAUGAAAUAACUGUAAUAAACUUUUCUCAAUAAAAGUGUAGAGCAUAAA